AUGGCUAAAUCUACGCUCAAAAGACCUAGAGAAGAGGAAACUUUCUCGGAUGAUGAAGACACUGUGGACAUCGCGAGCAACAUCGCACUAGAUGGAGACGAAAGCAGCUCUAGCGAUGAAGAGAGUGAUAGUGGAGAAGAGAAGGAGAUCCAGGACAUCAUAGAGUCCAGUGAUGACGAGGAAAAGAAAAACCUAACCUCUUCCAAGAAAAAGAACAACCAGGGUGGAAAACAGGCUCAGUCGACCCUGGCCUUCCCAACUUUGGAAUUGUCGGACAACGAAGAUGACACAAGAACAGAGGGAGCCCAGGAUGCUGCUGACGAGGUCACAGAGUAUUUUUCAACUACAAGUAAUGCUAACGCUAAACACAAGAAAGGGUCAUUUGCCAGUUUUGGAUUGUCAAAACUUGUUUUAUCGAACAUCGGUAAAAAAGGUUUUCGCCAGCCAACUCCAAUUCAGCGUAAAACCAUACCAUUGAUCUUGCAGAAGCGUGAUAUUGUGGGUAUGGCCAGAACGGGGUCUGGUAAAACUGCUGCUUUCGUGCUCCCCAUGAUCGAAAGACUUAAAUGUCACUCUGCCAAAAUCGGUGCUCGUGCAGUGAUUCUUUCGCCUUCAAGAGAACUGGCGAUGCAAACGCAUAAGGUGUUUCGUGAGUUUUCUAAAGGCUCGGAUCUUCGUAGCAUUUUGAUAACUGGUGGUGAAUCAUUAGAAGAUCAAUUCAGUGCAAUGAUGUCCAACCCGGACGUCCUGAUUACCACACCUGGUCGGUUUUUGCAUUUGAAGGUGGAGAUGAAUCUUGAUUUGAAAUCCAUGGAGUAUGUGGUGUUCGAUGAAGCUGAUAGAUUAUUCGAAAUGGGUUUUGAAGAACAACUUAACGAACUAUUGGCCGCUUUCCCAUCCAACAGACAAACGUUACUAUUUUCGGCUACAUUGCCCGCUUCUCUAGUUGAUUUUGCCAAAGCCGGACUGACGAACCCAGUGUUAGUGAGGCUGGAUGCUGAGACUAAGGUAUCUGAGAACCUGGAAAUGCUCUACUUGACAUCAAAGAAUGAGGAAAGAGAAGCAAAUCUACUGUUUUUGCUGCAAGAAGUCAUGGAUAUUCCGGUUGCCACUGAGGAACAGCUACUCGAAUUCCGCAAAAAGACGAAACAAGAUGAAGACAGCGAUGACAGUGACGAUGGUGAGAAUAACAAGACAAAACGCAACAAAAAGAAACACAAGUCUGGACCACGCAAACGGCUACCGGCAGCAAACGAGCUACCUUCAGAAAAAGCUACCAUUGUUUUCGCUCCCACGAAGCAUCAUGUCGAGUACCUCACACAGCUGCUCAAAAACUGCGGAUAUCUUGUUUCUUACUUGUAUGGUACGCUCGAUCAGCAUGCUCGUCGCCAGCAGCUUUUCAACUUCAGAUCUGGCUUAACAACAAUCUUGGUGGUGACGGAUGUAGCAGCCAGAGGUGUCGAUAUUCCGAUGUUGGCCAAUGUAGUGAAUUACUCGCUACCUGCAUCCUCCAAGAUUUUCGUGCAUAGAGUGGGUAGAACAGCAAGAGCCGGUAACAAAGGUUCCGCUUACUCAAUUGUUUCUGACAACGAGCUACCAUAUCUUUUGGAUCUAGAACUGUUUUUGGGAAGGAAAAUUCUAUUGACACCGAUGUUCGAAGCCACUACCCAGAUGCUCAAAUCCAAGUGGGUAAGCGAAGGUAACUCCGAAUUGACUUUCAAACCCCCCAAAGUUUCCUACACUAGUCGGAUGGUGCUAGGCAGUUGUCCGAGAUUAGAACUCGAAACUUGUGGAGACCUUUUCAAAACUUUACUGCAAUCGAGCUUUGAUUUGCAGCAACUCAAAGCUAUUGCUGCCAAAGCCGAGAAACUAUAUUUCAGAACGCGUCCUCCAGCAUCUCAAGAAUCGAUGAAGAGGUCAAAGGAAGUCGCGUCGAGUGGGUGGGAUGAGCAGAAUCUCAAGUUUGGUAAGAACAUUGAGAAGGAUAAGCUUGAUUUUCUAGCUAAGCUACAGAAUCGUAAUCACAAGGAAACUGUCUUUGAGUUUGCUCGCAAUCAUGACGAUGAAAUGGCAAUGCUCAUGAAGAAAAGACGGAGACAGAUAGCGCCAAUCCAGCGCAGGGCUCGUGAACGGAAAGAGCUUCUCGAGAAAGAGAGAAUGGCAGGUUUGAGACACACGGUUGAGGACGAGAUUCUGAAGGGUGACAGCAACGAAGUUGGUUACUCUGUGCCCGAGGAAGUUUUGAAUCGUGAGUUCGAAGACGCCGACGAGGUCCUUGACGGUCAGAAGCCCAACAAAAAAUCCAAGACCUAUAAGGACCCAGCCUUCUUCCUAUCUCAUUACGCACCAGCACAUGAGAUUCAAGACAAACAGCUGCAGUUGACCACCGGGUUCACGAACGAAGCCGCUAAUGCUACUUUUGACCUGCAAAACGACGACAAGGUCCAGAAUCACAAGCAAGUGGCCACUGUCAAAUGGGACAAGAAACGUAAGAAGUACGUGAACUCUCAGGGUGUGGAUAACAAGAAAUACAUAAUGGGUGAGAGUGGUCACAAGAUACCUGCCUCGUUCCGCUCCGGGAAGUUUGACGAGUGGUCCAAGGCACGCAAGCUAGGGCCCAUCAAGGUGGGUGCUCGCGAGUCGAGCUCCACGUCGAAACUACUCAGUGAUCCUACAAGAUCUGGCUCGCAGAGAACCGUUGGUGGAAAAUUCAAACACAAACAAGUCAAGGCUCCUAGACUUCCCGAUAAGCACAGAGACGACUACCACUCUCAGAAAAAGAAGGUUGAAAAGGCCAUUGGCAGUGGUAUUCCCGUCAAGGGCUUCAACAAGCCUGGUUCUACAAGUGAAUUGAAGACUCCACAACAGAUCUACAAGGAAAGAGUGGCUAAGGAAAACCGCAAGGCCAAGAACGCUCGUCCUUCUAAAAAGCGGAAGUACUGA